GCGUCAAGUCGAGUACUGAACACUUCUUAAGUUCAAGAUCUUAGAGGAAGUGUCAGACAUCAUCCUUUACACCAGCACUGACUACAUGGGAACUUUUCUCGACAAGUUUCCUUGGGAAGUGAACAGGUUUUAACUUUCUCUGAGCGCACUCUUGUCUUCGUUUCACUUUAAUCCUCGUGUAAAUCUGUGUUUCUGUCCGUAAGCGUUUGUCAGCUGUAGUUUAGGGCGAUGUCAGGAGAGCUGAGGCCCCGACUGUGUGUGUUAGAGAAGGGCAGCGACGGCUAUGGCUUCCACCUGCACGGGGAGAAGAAUAAAGCGGGUCAAUUCAUCCGCCUGGUGGAACCUGACUCUGCGGCCGAGCUGUCGGGUCUGAGGGCCGGGGACAAACUGGCGUUCGUUAACGGUGAGAGUGUGGAGGGUGAGAGCCACCAGCAGGUCGUGUCCCGGAUACGAGCCGUAACGGGCAAGCUGGAGCUUAUCGUCGUGGACUCCGAGACGGCCGAGUAUCUCAAAAAACACAACCUGACGUGCAAGAAGGAGUUCGUUAGUGACGGAGUGCCGAGACCAGGGGACCAACCGGGGGGCCAACCGGGGGACCAACCGGACACCGCCGCACAGGAGAGCAACGGCACCGCCACGGAGUCCAGCCCUGCUCCUGGUUCUACCCCUUCUCCUGCCCCUUCUCCUUCUCCUACCCCUGUCCCUGCUGCUAACGGAAGCAUGGGCCUCGACACACUCAGCCUGAGCUCCAAGGAUUCGAAGAAUGAGCUGCGUCCCCGUCUCUGCCACAUGAAGAAGGGAGCCACAGGUUAUGGCUUCAACCUGCACAGCGAGAAGUCCAAAUCAGGCCAGUAUAUCAGGGCGGUGGAUGAGGACUCCCCAGCUGAGAAAUCUGGACUUCGACCCCAAGAUAAAGUAGUGCAGGUGAACGGCAUACCCGUUCAGGGCUUCCAGCACUCUGAGGUGGUGGCUGCCAUCAAGGCAGGAGGAGAUGAGCUGCGGAUGCUGGUGGUGGAUCCAGAAACGGAAGCCUUCUUCAGCAGCUGCCGGGUUCUUCCCACUGAGGAGCACCUCACAGGCCCUCUUCCUGAACCUUAUGGCAGCAGAGAUGCUGAUGAUGAAAAGGUGAAGGAGGAAGCAGUUCAGGAAGCCAUGCCGGUGUCAGCGAGUCCCACUCCAUCCAACGCUUCCUCCACCGCAUCUAUCCCUGCUGAGACGGCCAACACUCCCCCAUCACAGGAGAAGGCAGUGGAGAAGAGCGCGAAUGCAGCCUCGUCGCUGGAUCUGAACAUUUCCCUGCAGCAGGCUAAAGAGCGCGCGCACCAGAAACGCUCCAACAAGAGAGCGCCACCUAUGGACUGGAGCAAGAGGAGUGAAGUGUUCAGCAACCUCUAAAGCAGCGGUUUUCUCCACCACCAUCACGCAUCGUCUUCUUUAGAUUUCCUUUAUUUAUAAAGUCCACACUUCCGUCUCGCUCAUGAGGCCAGCUCUUCUGAUUUAUACAGACAACUGUUAAGCAGAAGGGAAGCGGGAAAAAGCAACUUCCUGGAUUAACAAAGCCUGAAAUCACAUGUUAGAAAGAAUUGCUGGAUUUGUUUUUUUUUGUUUUUUGGUCCCACAAUUUCUGUUCGAGUCUCAACAAACACACACACACACACACACACACACACCCCUCAGAUGAACAUUUAAAGCCAGUGUUAUUUUGUCACUUGUGUUUUUAUUGAUCUUUAUAGGCAUUUUAUUGAACUAUGAUAGAAAUCAGAUUUGUGAUUUGAUAUUACUUUAUUAUGUACAGUGUAGAUGUAAUUAAUGCACAAUUUUUUUCCUGUUCACGCUGUUCAUAAAGGUGUGUGUGUGUGUGUGUGUUCGCACCACCAGUUCAUUAUACUGUACACGCAUCUGUCCUGUUGAAAUAACGUUAAUGUUCAGAGCAGUUUUUGUCGCGUAAUAUUACACUUUAUAAUGCUGUGUGGUGUGAAAGCUUUUGUCUGUGAUUCUUACUUUUUUUUUUUUUUUUAAAGCUGUAAAUCAUAAAUUAUAUGGAGAAAUCGCUAAAACAGAGCUAUACACUCUGACUAACCUGGAACAUGUGGUUAGUUUUCUGACUGAAGGAAGAAAAGCACUGGUUUUUUUUCUUUUUUUUGAUCAUAAGAUUUGUGUAAAUUAGUCUAAUGGUCUAAUCACAUCCAUAUUCUCAGUCGCGCAAAGUAAUAGGGCACAUUAUACUUCUGAUGGAAGAGCUUUGAUUUUAAUUUUUUUUUAAAGCAGUCAUCGCCUCAUUGUUUAAUUUUUGUAUAAUGUUUGAGAUUUAUGUUGGGUUCAGAAGUUUUAGUCUGUUGACUACGGAAUUGAAAGGAUUUUUAUGAACAUUCUUAAGAAGAAAACCACUCGCUGUCUAUAGCAACUUUAGCUAAAAGCUCUGCCUGGAUGAAUGAAUAAAUAAAAAAAGAAAAGAAGUCUAUCGUCUGCUUGGGUUUUAUUUACAGAUCGACACUAAAUGCACGUUGAUGAAUGAGCCUGGGUUUGAGUGUUAUGCAGCAUUCAUGCCCUGUAGGAAAAAUGUCAUUCCUGGUUUCUUCCUAGGAAAAGCAGCUCAAGUGAAUCUGCAUGCAGUGGAUUUGAUGAGUUUAUGAGGAUUUUCAGAGCAGGUAGCAAGGAUUUCUCCGACCAAGCACUGGAAGUGACACAACUGCUUAUAGAAAGCAUGCUGUGUUCAAAGACCUGAUGAUGAAAUUUGUCAUUUUUGUGUACAUUUUUUUUUUUUUUUUUCCUUCUCCUAAUUAAUGCAAAGGGGCUUGGGGGCUUAGUGGUGAGCACGUUUGCCUCACAGCUCUGGGACUCGGAGUUUGAAUCCCACCAUGGCCAUGUGUGUGCACGGAGUUUGCGUGUUCUCCCCAUGCUGAGGGGGUUUCCUCCCUGUACUCCUGUUUCCUCCCCCAGUCCAAACACAUGCAUCGUACACUCAGUGGCGUGUCCAAAUCAUCCGUAGUGUGUGCAUGUGUGUGAUUUUCCCAUGUGGUGGGUCGGCACCAUGUCCAGUUUGUUCCCCACCUUGUGCCCAUGCUCCAGGGGGUCGACUCCAGGUUCCCUGUGACCCUG